UGACGUCAGUCGCUCUAGAGAUUCAGCGCCAGUUAGAUCGUUAACAAAUACCGACUGCGAGUGCACAAACGCAGUCACAAUGCGGAGCGCGUCUACGUUGUAAGCGUGAACGCUCCCAUACAAGUGACCCCGGUUCGCUGGAACAAGCUACGUCGGAAAAUCGAUAGUCAUUAAUAAUUAGUGAUCAGAAGUGCAACGGUCGUCAUGAUAGACCUGUGGACCAUGAUCAUGACGCUGGUCGUCGGCGCAAUUAUAACGAUGUACUAUUAUCUGAGAGGACCAUGGACAUUCUUCACUGAACGUGGUAUCCCGCACGCAAACCAAUACCCGUUCUUCAGCAAUUUCUGGACGCUGUUCGUCAAAAAGAAAAACAUGGCAGAAAUGAUGAGCGAAGUAUACCCAGCAGUGCCUGGCGCUAAGUACGUGGGUAUCUACGACUUCGCUACGCCAAUGAUCAUGAUCCGCGACUUGGAACUGAUCAAGUCUAUUAUGAUAAAGAACAUCGAGCACUUCCAGGACCACAGGUCAUUCCAAAUGGAGGAAGUUGAGCCAAUUUUUGGCAAGAACCUAUUCUCCCUGCGCGGAGAACGAUGGAAGGAGGUGCGAACGUUGCUAAGUCCCGCGUUCACGUCCAGCAAGAUGAAGGCGAUGUACAAGCUGAUGCGCGAGUGCGCCAACAAAUACGGAGAACAUUUCGCCGCAAUACCGGAAAAGGACAAAUCUAUCGAGCUGAAGGACGCCUUCACCAGGUACACGAACGACGUGAUCGCCACCUGCGCGUUCGGUGUGAACGUUGACUCGAUGGCUGAUCGGAACAACAAGUUCUAUGUCAACGGAAGAACCGCUACCAAGUUUGGCAAAUGGCAGACGGCAAAGUUCUUCUUAGUACGCAGUUUUCCCUGGCUCUUCAGAUUCACCGGCUUGAAAGUGUUUGAUACAAAGGUCACUCAAUUCUUCACGGACCUAAUUCAAGACACAAUAAACACCAGGGACGAACAGGGCAUCGUGCGACCGGACAUGAUACAGCUGAUGAUGGAGACUCGGGGCAAGAUGGGCCCAGGCAAAGAACUCUCCAUAGUGGACAUGACUGCGCAAGCAUUCGUUUUCUUCCUUGGCGGAUUCGAGAGCACUUCGGUCUUGAUGUGCUUCGCUGCCUACGAGGUAGGUGUCAACCCGGAGAUACAGAAGAGGUUGCAGGAGGAGAUCGAUGAUGUAUUGGAGAAAAGUAAUGGCGAGGUGACUUACGAGGCGGUCAACGACAUGAAGUAUCUCGAUGCAAUUAUAAACGAGGCUCUCAGGAUGUACCCGGCCGCAGUCUUCACUGAUCGAGCCUGCACAAAACCGUUCGAGCUGCCACCUGCGAAGCCCGGUCUGAAGCCGUAUGUGGUGCAGAAGGAUGAGUAUAUUUGGAUUCCGAUCUAUGGUGUUCAGAACGAUCCUCAAUACUUCGAGGAACCGACCAAGUUCAAACCGGAAAGGUUCAUCGACGACCCGAAGAAGAUCUUGAACUCCGGGAUGUUCUUAAGCUUCGGUUUGGGCCCGAGGAUGUGCAUCGGCAACAGGUUCGCGCUUCUGGAGACCAAGGUUUUGCUCUUCAACUUGUUUGCUCGCUGCAACUUGAAACCAAACGCCAGAACCACAAUUCCCAUGGAGCUCAGCAGGGACACCUUCCAGAUGACGGCCAAAGGUGGAUUUUGGUUCGAUAUCGAGCCGAGGAAAUUGACCGCUCGUGUUCUCGUUAACUCUGUCAGCAAUGGCAGUGCUAUCCACUAGAUCGCUGUUAUCGUUCUCGGAAUUCUCGCGUUUACAGAUUAUAAUUAUAGAUUUGUAAUAAUCGGGUUAAUGUUCGUGUGUCGUUUUGUCUGGGUUCUGGAAGGACAGUCUGUUGUGAUUGUCUGUUGGUCAAUGCUUCUACCUCAUUUGUAUAUUCAUGUUGUAUUGAAAUCAGUAUGCAAAUUUCUUGCAAUUAAUAACUUUUUCAUAUGCAAACUUGUAUGCUUUAAAAGCAACUAUAUUGUUCUAUUUUUCUAUUGUUGUACUUUGUGAUGUAUACCUCGUUUAUGGAAAUACAUAUAUGUAUUCGAAAGAUUA